UUUUUUUUCCCCGCCUUCUCUUCCUCCUCCGCGCGGAUCCGCUCCGGGUUUCCCCGGAUCCCUACGAUCCAGGCCGGGUCUCCGCGUUCGCUCAGCCUCGCCCGCCCAGCGCUCGUGCUCCCCGAGACUCGACUGCGCCGGGCAGGGUCGCUGGGGGUUUUUUUUUUUUUUUGGCCGCCCGGGCGGGAGGGCUGUGGCCCCGUCGGCCGGCCCGUUCGCCUUGGGCAGCGAGGUCAGGCUGACCAUGCACCGGGUGGUCUCCAACCAGCGCUCGGUCUCCUCCUCCUCCGGCUCCUUCCAGGCUCCCCCGCCGCCUCCCCCCGCCGCUGCCGGGGAUCUGCAGCCGCUCUUUCUGGGCGGCGGCGGCGGCGGCGGCGGCGUUAGCAGCACCAGCAGCUCCAGCGGCGGCACCCGGAGGGGCAGGCGGGGCUCGGUUUCCAAUUCCGCCUCGACCCGGACCCGGAGCAGCAGCAGCAGCAGCAGCAGCCGCGGCACCAGCACCAGCAGCAGCGACCGCAGCAGCGAGGAGGACGAGGACGGCGAAGGGGAAGAAGCCAAGCCGCUGGUGCCGGCUCAGGAGCCCGCCUCGCCGGCGGCCGUCGUUGCCAUUCCCGCCGCCGCCUCAGCCUCCGUUUGCGCCUCGUCAGGCUUCAGCAGCUCCUCGUCGUCGGGCUGCACCAUGACCGCCGGCGAGCUGUACGGGGCUCCUCUGGCCGGGCCGGGGGCGGCGGCGGGCCCGGCGGCCGGGCUGCUGUGGGCGGGGGGCUUCGGCGCCGGCCCGGCGGGCCCGCGUUGGGGCUACCAGGCGCUGUCCUUGGUGCUGCUGCUGGGCCAGGGGGCGCUGCUGGACAUCUACCUCAUCGCCGUCACCGACUUGUACUGGUGCAGCUGGAUCGCCACCGACCUGGUGCUGGCGGCCGGUUGGAGCAUCUUCUUCUGCCGCAACAGCCGCGCCCGUCGGCGGGAGCGCCCGUUGGGGGCCGGAGGAGGCCACCCGCCGCCGCCCUUGCACCCGCUGCUGGGUCACGGGCCCUACGGCGGCAGAGGCGGCGGGGCGGGCUCGGGGGCCAAGCCGGGGGCCGCUCCGCGAAGCGGCGACUUCGCCUACGCUCACUUGGCCUGGCUGAUCUACGCCAUCGCCUUCACGCCCAAAGCGGCCCUGAUCCUGGGCACGUCCAUCCUGGAGCUGGUCGAGCUGCGCCUGCCGCUGGGCGCCACGGGCUUCCGCAUCACGCUGGCGCUCUCGGCCCCGCUGCUCUAUUGCCUCCUGCGCGCCAUCAGCACCGAUCCCGGCGGCGGCCAGUUGCUCCUGCCGCCCCAGCCGCCGCCCCAGCACCGCGCCUCCGCCGCCUUCCUGGCCACGUGCUUGGACCUGCUGGACAGCUUCACCCUCCUGGAGCUGCUCCUCCUGCAGCCGGGCCGGCCCGCCUUGGCCCUGCCGCCGCCCGUCCGCUACGUGCUGAUCGCCGUCUAUUUCUUGUGCCUGGCCUCGCCCGUGCUCUGGCUGUACGAGCUGAGCGCGCCGCGGGCCCCCGGCGCCGCCCGCCUGGCCUUGCACUGGCUGCUCCCCGCGGGACUCCUGGACGCGCCUCUGCUGGCCCUGCGCUGCCUCCUGCUGGUGCGCUACCAGCAGCCGCUCUCCAUCUUCAUGCUCAAGAACCUCUUCUUCCUGGCCUGCCGGGGCUUGGAGGCCAUGGAGACCUGCUACCUUCUCCACUCUGCCGGCGGCCAGGGCGGCCAGGGCAAGAGCGUGCCCGUCCUUUCCACGGGCGUUGGGGCUGGCCAGCUCAGUCACUGCAUCUCAGAGAACGACAUGGGGCCCCAUGGCUACGUCAACACAUUGGCCGUCACUGCCCAGAGCUGAGGACAAAGGGAAGGGGUUUCAAAGUCAGACUGGGGGAGAGGGGCUUCUUUCAUCCUGCCCAUCCAUCCUCUGUAAACUGUAUUCCUUCUUAAUCCAGUUUAGGUGCCCAGCUCUCUCUGGUUAUUUUGUGUUUAUAGCUGUCCAAGUUAUUUAGGCUUCCUUCAGGAGAUGGCAUCCAUUCAGUCGUCCCACCAAAUUUACUCCUUCUCCAUGACUGUGUUGGUCACUUACUGAAUGCAACUGGAAAGUGGGGGUUCUGCUAACCUGUAUUUACUUUGUAGUCUUUAUACCUUUCUUCCCCCAUAUAUUUGUGAAGUUUCCUUUUGGUCAAGUCUUAAUUAUGAGCUCUCCCAUACUAUCCUUGUCAUUGUUCACAAAUCCACUCCAUAUCUCAGUUGGCUUUCUGAAGACUCUGCCACACAAGGACUUCCCUGUAGAUACUUGGCUGAUAAUGUGAACAUUGGCUUAUGGUGAUUCCCAUCAGGGCAAGGAUGUCCAUGCAGCAGUAGUCAAGAUGGGUAGAAUGCUUUAUGAAAUGGAUGCCUGGACGGAGAGAACCCGUGUAAUUUGGAUCUCUUGUUGCAUUCUUCAUGCUAUUCUUGCUUCACUCUCUUCUCUACCCAACCAUUUAUAAUCAUAGGCAUAUGUAACUUUUGGAAAUGUAUACAGAUAUCUCUUCUCCAAGGGAAUAGGUGCAUUCCCAUCCCAUUCCCAAUUAAUCCCAGUAUUGAAUCCACUAGGCCUAAUGAUGGCAGCAAUAAGCUUUUUCAUCAAAAACAAAAUCAUCCCCACAUUUAGAGUCCUGAGUUCUAAAUAUUUUCUUUCUACACCUGACCCUAUUUAUUCUAUAGAUUCUAACAGAUGCUUUAUGUGCUGUGCUGUGCUACGGACUCCUUUUUGCUCAUCUCCUAUGAUUUCAAGGAGAAGGCGGCAGCUUCUUAGUCUUUAUCCUCCAAAGAAAGGGGGAAAUGUACAUUAUUUUCAUUUCUUCACCUUGUCAGGUUUCCCACUCACCUGUCCUUGCUGAGGUGCCUCCUGCCAUCAAUGCCUACAAUGAAGGGAGAACUGGGGACAAGCCAACCACUUGUGGCAUGCUGUGGAAAGAUCAUGAAGCUUUGUCUGAUAUAUUCUUCUAAACUGUUCAGAUUGUCCAUACGUACAGCAUCUCAGAGUGUCCCUCCUGCAGCAGUGGCUAAAAUCUAUUUUGGGUUGAGUCAGACUCUUGGUAACAUCAUGAAUAUAUCUACGUAGUUCUCUUGGCAACCAAACAAAUGCAGCUUCCACAUUGCUGCCUUCCUGGUUUUUUUAAACAAUUCUCAAGCUAGCCUACCUGCCUGGAUUUCCUAAUGGACUUAAGUAUUGAUGGCAAUGCUGACUAAUGAAAGAAAAUGAUUAUUUUUUUGCUGAUGCUAUGUUGGAAUAGUUCGAUGAAUAAGGAUAUGGAGGGGAUUUAUCCAACUGAAAAAAUGGAGGAUCCUGAUCAGAUGGUCCUCUGAUAUAAACAUUAUUUCUAUGUCAAAAUGACAUGUCAAGGCAUGUGAAUUUUAGCUUCUUCUCUACCAAAUUUCUACCCAUAGAUUCUAGGUUUGUGGGGGCGGGGGUGGGAGACUUAUGGAUGUGAGUUAUCACCCGCAGACUGAACAACCUGGGCACGAAAAUACCGUCUUGAGAGUUAAGCCAUUUUUCUUUUUAAAUGUGCCUCUCCUCAGCAUUGCUGCUCUAAGGUGCUCUAGUUGUACCAGCUGCUUUGACCAAGGGCAAAUCAAGGAGACUUUUUUUUAACAAUUGUUUCCUUUUCUACAUUCCCUUGGCUAACAGUGUGGAGGAAAAAUUCAGCAUAAAGAUCCCAAACAUCUAUAAGAAUAAAUCAGUUAAGAUUCACCUCUCCGGAAUCUACUGCAGGUUCCUUUUCUUCUUAAGGUGUCCAAGGAUUCAGCCACAUAUGUACUGUAGGCUGAUUUUUUUAUCUUUUGCACAAUCAUAGUGCCCUUUAUUGCUUUAAUCUUGUCCUCUCCUCUUGAAUGCCAAGGCUCCAAAGUACUCCAUAGAGUAUCAUGAUACUCUUGAUCAUUGUAACCAACUGUCCUGGACCUUGCCUUCCUCAGCAUGCCUGCCUUUUAAACCCCUGGCUCUCUCUUGUAUCUCCUUUUUAAAAAGGUUUUUUUUUUUAAAAUCACCAACACCUGCUGUUCUCCUUCCUCACAGAGAUAGAGAGUCCAUUUGGGGAAAGUUCCUGGAAUUAGGGUGCUGCCUACACUCUUGUAAGAAGAAAGGUGUUCCCCUUUCCUUUGCUGAUGUCUACCUCUGUGCUUGAAACUUAUUGCAUCUGGAGAGGGGCCUGAAUGUCCAUCUCUCUUGAUUAACAGCUAACUCGCCGGUGAUAACAGGGUCUUUUAACAACCUCCAACUGAGGCAUUCAUGUCUCUUGGGAUAAGCCUUGUAUGAUUUCAAUAAAUUGGUGCUCUGUUUUGAGGACAGCCUUCAUUCAGGUCUAUUAAGUUCUACUUGCUAAAAAUGUCCAUUCGAGGCAGGCCAAAUGAAUUGGGAUUAGCCUUUUUGUACCUGUUAAUCCAUGAGUGUGACAUAGCUUCUUCAUACGUUCAACCUAAUUUGAUAAGGGAUUAACAUGCAAAGAUCACUAGUGGCGAACUUGGAUGUCUUGGCAAGAGUCCUAACGUUUCAUAAUGCAGCCAGGCUUCAACAGGGCUAGAUAAAGCUCCAAAUUUGGAUGAGGCUCCAAAGUGAAUUUAGAGUAACCUGUUUUCAGUCACUCAUGCUUUUUAAACAUUUUCUUGCACACGAAAGGCUUAGAAAUGAUGGUAGGUGCAGUGAUUGGCAAGUAAGAAAAUAUUCACCUACUCACUUUUUCUCAAUACCUACUUUUUCAGAGAAUCAAAUUAUUGGACAUAAGAUGGAAGAAAUGUAAAGUUACAUCUUUCUCCCUAUAAACUGGCUUGAUCAAGACGACUAUUCCACAAAAAGAUGUAAAAUGCCUAUGAUGGCGUGUGGGGGAAGCACUGCUUUCUCCUUAAUUCAGUAAUAUUCUUUGCAAUUAAGUUAUCAAUUAUGAAAAAAUGAAUAAAGGACCUGAUCCUCCAAUGUAGUUUUAAAACUACACUUUACUCUUUUUUCCUCUAUAAUUUAUGAAUAAAGGUUUCCAUUGGGUGCUUCAUUAUGUAAUCCUAUACAACUCUUGGGAUGUUUGCUAAACCUGUUAUUACAGGAAUGAAAAUGGUUUAACUCUCUCACUAGUGCUUUAUUCUGGUCUCAAAGCAGAGCUUUUGAAGAACAGUAGUGUAAAAUUUUGGCCAGAGGCCUCCCCUUUAGUAUUUCCUUUCUAUUUGUCUGGACAAUCUUGGUGCUGUGAUUGUGAUUGUGAAGCUUAAGUACUGUGCACUCUUCCCCCUGCCCUUUCCUGAACUCUCUGAUAUUUUAAAUGGGGAUGCUAGUUGCCUACUAAAGAAAUACCAUGUUUUAUCUGCUCCCCCAAAUAUCAUUAGAAUACAUGCAACUGUUGCCUUUUGAAACAGUUGGGCUAAUCUUUUGUAGCAUCAAUCACUUCAUAUUUCAUAGCACUGGAAAUAAGUAUUAAACCUUGGCCCAUAUUGAACCUUUUACAAUGAUACACACUUAUUAACUGAAAUAACAAUGACUGCAAGUUGUUAUGCAUUAGUUUAAGUAGGCAUUAUUGAAAUGAUAGCUGACUGCAAGCUAGCAUUCAAAUUUGAACUACAGUUACCUGUAGGAAGUUAUGUCCCAUACCCUUAGUUUUAAGCAGCAAAUUUCCAGUGUAUGACAAGGGCAGCUAUACAAGCAACAAUAUUAUGGAAAAUAAAACAGUUAUAUAGCCCAGGAAACUUAGCAUCCCCAUACACUUAACAGAGUGUUAAGAAAAAUAAAAUAAAAAUUUUGUUCUUAAAAUAAAAAGAACGUAUUUUGGCUGA